UGCAGCAGAGCAUCAGCCUCCUUAACCUUCACUACAAGAUGGCUGGGUCAUACAGAUUCGUCAGUAGCAGUGGUGGUGGUGGUGGUGUUGGUCGUAGCAGUGCCUCGGUGUAUGGGGGAGCUAAUUUUGGCACUGUCAAAAUCUCUGGUGGUAGUGCCUCCAUGUUCGGCCGAGGUGGUGGCAUUGGUAACUUCAGCUACCUGGGAGGCCUUGGUUUUGGACAGGGCUCAGGUGGUGGUUCUGCGUUCUCCUUCGGCGGUGUUGGCGGGGGAGGUGCCGGAGGUGGUGUCGGAGGUGGUUUUGGGGGUGGUGUCGGAGGUGACCUGGACAUCAUUGCCAACGAGAAGAUGACCAUGCAGAACCUGAAUGACCGCCUGGCUUCCUACCUGGAGAAGGUGCGCAAGCUGGAGGCUGCCAAUGCUGAGCUGGAGCUGAAGAUCAAGCAGUUCUUGGAGUCGAAGACCUCUCCCUCUGCCAGAGACUACAGCGCCUACUAUGUCACCAUCGCAGACCUGCAGGGAAAGAUCCAGGAUGCUACCAAGGUCAACGGUGGCAUCUACCUCAGCAUCGACAACGCCAAACUGGCUGCUGACGACUUCAGGCUCAAGUAUGAGAACGAGCUUGCUAUGCGCCAGUCUGUGGAGGCUGACAUCGCUGGGCUGAGGAGGGUCCUUGAUGAGCUCACCCUGUCCCGGACUGACCUGGAGAUGCAGAUCGAAGGCCUGAAGGAGGAGCUGAUCUUCCUGAAGAAGAACCACGAGGAGGAGCUGCUCGCUUUGCGGGCCCAGAUGAGCGGCCAGGUGAACGUGGAGGUGGACGCUGCUAAAGGACCCGACCUCGCUCAGAUCAUGGAGGAGAUCAGGGAGCAGUAUGCAACUGCUGCCGCCAAAAGCAACAAAGAACUUGAUGUCUGGUUCCAGGGAAGGGUAGAAGCUCUGAACAAAGAGGUUGCUGUUAGCACAGAGACCAUACAAACAUCCAAAACUGAGAUCACUGAUCUCAGACGAACGCUGCAAGGCCUGGAGAUUGAGCUGCAGUCACAACUCAGUAUGAAAGCAGGUCUGGAGGGCACCCUGGCUGACACCCAGAAUCGGUACGCCAUGAUGCUAGCAGGUUUUCAGAACCAGGUUUGCUCUUUGGAGGAGCAGCUAUCACAGCUGAGAUUUGACCUGGAGCGUCAGGGCCAAGAGUACCAGAUGCUGCUGGACAUCAAGACCAGACUGGAGAUAGAGAUUGCCGAGUACAGGAGGCUGCUGGAUGGAGAGGGUGGCGGCUCCGGCAGCUCCGGCAGCUCCAGCAGUUUCAGAGCCUCUGGUAGCUCCAGUGGUUAUGGUGGCUCCAGCAGCUAUGGCAGCUCCAGCAUGACCACUUCCUCUACUGUAAACCGCACACCCUCACCUGCUCCAACAUCCAGCUCAGUCACCAAACAGAAAGUCAUCACCUACACCGAGGAGAUAGUGGACGGGAGGGUGGUCAGUUCCACCCAGUCUGAGGUCGUGAAGGAGCUGUGAGCACCUUCAGGAGGGUGCAGUCCAUUAGCAAACAUCCAACAAACAUGCAAAUAAAGUUUGCUGAGGAACCUUAAAA